AUGGAUGCGUGGGGGGGCCCCGCGCCCCUCUGGAGCCGCCGCGGGGCCCGGCUGCUGCUGUUGCUGCUGACCGUGCGGCUGGGGAGCGGAGCUGAUAAAGCAGAUGAUGAGGAUGAUGAAGAUCUAACUGUGAAUAAAACAUGGGUCCUUGCACCAAAGAUUCAUGGUGGGGAUGUAACUCACAUACUGGACUCCUUACUUCAAGGAUAUGACAAUAAGCUUCGGCCAGAUAUUGGGGUGAGAACUACAGUGAUUGAAACAGAUGUCUAUGUCAACAGCAUUGGCCCAGUUGACCCAAUCAAUAUGGAAUACACUAUAGAUAUAAUUUUUGCCCAGACUUGGUAUGACAGUCGUCUAAAAUUUAACAGCUCCAUGAAGGUGCUUAUGCUUAAUAGCAACAUGGUUGGAAAGAUUUGGAUCCCAGACACUUUCUUCAGGAACUCCAGGAAAUCUGAUGCUCACUGGAUCACGACUCCCAAUCGUUUGCUUCGAAUCUGGAGUGAUGGAAGAGUAUUAUACACUCUAAGGCUGACAAUUAAUGCUGAAUGUUAUCUUCAGCUUCACAACUUUCCUAUGGAUGAACACUCCUGCCCACUGGAAUUUUCAAGCUAUGGCUAUCCCAGGAAUGAGAUUGAAUACAAAUGGAAGAAAACCUCUGUUGAAGUGGCAGAUCCCAAAUACUGGAGGUUGUACCAGUUUGCCUUUGUAGGACUGCGAAACACCACUGAAAUUUCUCAUACCUUAUCUGGUGAUUACAUUAUCAUGACCAUCUUCUUUGACCUCAGCAGACGUAUGGGAUAUUUCACUAUUCAGACAUACAUUCCUUGUAUCCUCACAGUUGUUCUUUCAUGGGUGUCAUUUUGGAUCAAUAAGGAUGCAGUUCCUGCAAGGACUUCUCUGGGCAUUACAACAGUGCUGACCAUGACAACACUGAGCACAAUCGCUAGGAAGUCACUCCCAAAGGUUUCCUACGUGACAGCAAUGGACCUUUUUGUGUCAGUUUGCUUUAUUUUUGUCUUUGCUGCCUUGAUGGAAUAUGGCACCUUACAUUAUUUUACCAGCAACAGAAAAGGGGAUAAAGGAAAAGAAAAAAAGGCAAAAUCUAAGCCAUCGAGACCGCCUGCAAUUGCCGUUCGACCGGGAUCGACACUAAUUCCAAUUAAUAACAUUAAUCAUCUCCCUGAACGUGAUGAUGAUUAUGGAUAUGAGUGCCUAGAAGGGAAAGACUGUGCUAGCUUCUUCUGUUGUUUUGAAGACUGCCGCACAGGAUCUUGGAGGGAAGGAAGAAUACACAUCCGCGUCGCAAAAAUUGACUCUUACUCUCGGAUCUUCUUCCCAACUGCCUUUGCGUUGUUCAAUCUUGUUUACUGGAUUGGCUAUCUCUACCUAUAA